AGACUAGUGUCAAGUCAUCAACGAUUAAGUAAACUCAAUCAUGAAUUGGAAGAAAAACUAUUAGAUAUUAUUGAAAAGUCUUCUACUGAAAUUCAACAGUUAACUGAAGAAUUGGAAUCAACUAAAAACUCUUUAAGAAAAGCACAACACACCUUAAACUGUCUUAUUGAGGAAAGAGAUCGUUGUAAAGAAGAUUGUAUUUCUGCUGUCAAAUUGCUUCAGGAAAAUCCAAAUCAAUUUGUAUCUGAAUUGCCCCCAAGUGAAUCCUCAUCACCUGAUAAAAUCGAAAUAUUAACAAAUCUUAGCAAUGGAGAUUGUUCACAGGGUACAAAUAACUCAUCAUUUUCCAAUAAUACUUCUAUUUUUUCAACAUUUUUACCAACAUUUCCACCUGUUGGACUUUUUACUGGUAUACAAAUGGAGAAUAAUUUACAAAUAUUACAAAAAAAUUCUUUAAAUAACACUGAUUCGUUUAAUAAGACAACAAUAGUAACAUCUACUGCAAAAUACACAUCGCCAUCUAAAUCUAGCACUAUAAUUGAUUUAUAAUUGUCUAUGUAUUUUUCUUGAACUAACUUAUUUCCUUUUCAAUAUCAUGUUAUUUUCUAUUCUCUAUUUAUUAUACCUUACUUGUGAUAUUCCUAUUUACAGUGCAUUCGGUCCAGAUAGAGUUUUAUUCUUUUUUUAUUAACACAUUGAUAACUUGGCUGGUUUCUGGUUGUAAAAAAUUCAAAAAAGUACAUAUGUGACUAAACUUCUUGAUCUUUUGAAUGUAUGUAUAUAGUAAAUGAAUCGUAAACAAAUAAUAUUUACCAAAAUGUUUGUUUCCAAACACUUUCUCUCUGACGUUCUGUAUCCAUAAUUAUU